CUUUGGACGAUUACACACUGCGCCCGUGCUCCAGGGACAGCAGCGUCAAGCUUUCGAAACUUUUGGAAAAGCAGGGAUACAAAUCUCAGUAACCGGCUUCGAGGCACUGGACCAGCGAACAGAGCACCAGAGAUCGGGAAAUCUGUAAGAAUCUGAUUGCGGUUCAGAAAAAAAGAUUUUCUUUUCUUUUCAGGUUAAUACCUAAUAUGAUGUACAUAAGGAACACCUUCAGCCUAGGAGUCUGAAACUCCAUAAAAAGACUAUGUCCUCAAAGCCGAUUGUCUAAUAAAACACAUGUUAUUUUAAAAUAAGCAAUUGAUAGCUGUGGAUGAUGCCCAGUAGCCAAAGGAUGCAAACACAAUAAAUGAAGGACUGCAGAGAGCAGCUCGAUAACAGAGGCUGCAGAUGGAUGUGUACAUGCUAAGUCGCUGAGUAAUGUUUAUCCUGGUGAUGAAGACUGUCACUUUCGUUGCUCCUCCUUAUCAAGAGGCUGCAAUUAGAUGAUGAUGGAUAUGACGGUCACUACAAAAUGCGCUGAAGCUAUCAAACUGUGCCCAACACCAUUACUUCCUGUCCUUGAUACCACUUCUGUGCCAUUACCAAACAGUGGCUUUCAGAUGGCCCCACCAGUUCCCCCACCUCCACCACCCCCACCCCCACCACUACCGCUCUUGGAAUCAACGUCUCCCUGUCUUCUUCACAAGUCCAAACUGAAAAAAGUGAACUGGAUCCCCAUUCCGAAGGAGAGGAUUUUAGGAAAAAAUAACAUCUGGACUGCAGAUAAAUAUGACGAUGACUUUCAGUUAGACACUUCAGUAAUGAAGGAGUUAUUUGAACAGGUGGUGAAUGUAUCAUUGGAGGAGAAGAACAUUCGAAGAAGUUUUAAAAGCAGCUGUCCAUACCGUACCAGUGAAAGGAUUUCUCUACUGGAUUCCAGAAGAAGCAUGAAUGUGGGGAUAUUUCUAAAACAGUUCAAAAGAUCUGCACAAGAGAUUGUAGAAGACAUUCGACAUGGAACAGCGAAAGGAUAUGGGUCUGAAGAAUUAACUAAGCUGCUCAAACUAUUGCCAGAAGCUGAAGAGGUGAAACGUCUGAAAAUGUUUCAAGGAGACCAUUGUAAACUGCCUGAGGCAGAUCUCUUCAUGUUGCUCCUGGUGAGAGUGCCAAGCUACUACCUUCGUUUGGAAAUUAUGAUCCUUAAGGAAGAAUUUGAGCCACAAGUAAAAUCGCUUCUGGCAUCUGUUUGUAUGUUGAUGGAAGCUGCAAAAGAACUGCAGAACUGUAAUGAAUUGCAUACUAUAUUGAGGUUGGUGUUGAAAGCUGGAAACUUCAUGAAUGCAGGAGGAUAUUCAGGAAAUGCUGCAGGAUUUCGUAUUGCAUCGUUAUUGAAACUCGCUGACAUCAAAGCAAAUAAACCUGGCAUGAACCUAAUGCACUUUGUGGCCAUGGAAGCAGGAAAAAAAGACAAAAACCUUCUCUCUUUCCCGGAUAAAUUGGAACACAUUGGUGCAGCUGCUAGAUUAUCUGAAGAUGGGUUGACAGAAGAGCUGAAUAAACUGGAGGAAAGACUUGAUUCUCUGCGGACAAAUUUGCAUGAAGAUCCGGAGCUUGAAGUUCAGAUGAUAUCAUUCCUACAGACUGCAAAGAAAGAACUGGAAGUGAUAUGGGAAAAAAUUGAAUUGUUCCAGAAGCUGAGAAAGUCUUUGGUAGAAUAUUUCUGUGAAGAUGAGAAGUUUAAGCUGGAGGAAUACUGCAUUGUUUUCAAAAGCUUCUGUGAAAAAUUCCUGAAGGCAAUUCAGGAGAAUACAGAUCGUGAAAUUGCAGAACUGAGAAGGCAACAGAAGGAGCAGAAAAAUACAGAAAAACGGCACUCUAUAGCUAUAUGUUCAUCAAUCGAGAAUGAACUGGGUCAGGAUGAACUGGAAAGGGCACUUAUCAGAAAUCUAAGACCUCAGAGUAUGAGACGAUUGGAAUGCAAGUCUUUCAAACAUGACACUUUCUCAGAUGCACAUAGCAUGAAAAAGCCAUACAGCUCUGGUGAAGUAACACAGGUAGAACGAGAACGUGACACAAAUAGCAUAGUUAAAGACUACAAUGAUAAAGAACUAGCAAAUCUCAUGAGAAAGGUGACUGAGAAAGUUCUGAAUCAACAGUUGGGACCCUGUGUGAAACAGCCAGUGAAUCCUGUUCCAAAGAAAAGUAUAACAAUUCUAAACCAGGAACCUGAGGCAAACCAAGCAACAAUCAAAACAGUGCAAGAACUUGAAGUAUCACAGCAAGCUCUUCGGCUCGAUAAGGAUUAUUCAAAGGUUAAUUGCAGAACUGUGUGCAGCACUACAACCAAAAGAUUAAAACCUAAUGACAAUUUGUUGACAAAGUCUAAUCCUAGUCACUGUUCAAAAUGGAAGAGAGAGUCCUUGGAGCGAAGUAGAGAAGAAAUCGCAGCUGGAAAAGGGAAACAAUCAAACCAGUCUUCACCCAAUGCUAGAAGGACUUGUGGUGGAGCAGAGACCAGUAUUAAUCAGAAGGUUCAUUCUGUGAAGGCAAGAGAACGGAAAGACACAGAGUUAAGUAAAGAUAACGGGGGAAGUUCAAUUACAAACAGAAAAGGCAAAGUGAGCAACCCUGAUGCCAAUAAGAUCUACCCAACAUUAACUCAAGGGCAGGUGGGAAUACCUCUGAGACAUAAAGGACAGGUAGCUGAAAAAUUCCCUGUCAGGCCAACUCUAACACAAAGGAACUUACAAGCACCAGUACAGAGGCAACUGGGCACAUCACCUCGAGGUAUAAAGCAAAUGAGUAGCAUCAAGAAGACAUAUCAGGUCUCUGAGAAGGUAGCUGUAAGAAAUGGGAGAAAAUCUAUCCAAAGUCCAAAGGAAAAGAGCACCUCUUCUCAAUCAACUUCCCCUAUAACCGGUUCCAGAACUGUCCAAAGCCAAUCAGAGACUGCAACUACAGCUAGCAUGAGUCCUCAUGCCAAACAAUCUAUGCUACUCAAGAAACCAAACUCUGAGAAAGUUAUUAUGGUAAAUCACCAAACAGAUUCUCUCUCACACAAAGGAGCAAUUCAACAGUGCAGACCUUUGAAAAAGAGUAGACAGCCAGUAUGGCGGUGAUGUGAGCCUAUUGAGACUUAGAUGGUAAUGCUGUAUCUUGCGGUCAAGUGAGUUUCUCUGAAUAAUACUCUUGUUAGAAUUUUCCUGUUAUUUAAUAAAAUUGUUGAGAUAUUUAUCAUACGGUUUGGUGCAAUGUUGCCUGUAACUGGAUAUAAUAAAAAAAUGGAAUGGCAAGUCAUAAAAAUGAUUUGUUUUUCAGAAAACAAAAAAAGGAAAGGCCUAUUUUAGAAACUGUGAACAAGCCAUUAAUUCAGUUCCUUUAACUUUGUACUGAAACAGGAUUGCAUAAAUAUUUUUCUGAUCUUAGAAUAACAGAUUGGAUGUUUUUAAAUGACUUGGCUAACUUCAGCUGGAAGGGAAAUCAUAUUGGGGUUGAGAGUGUGGAAGUGACUCUGACUGGCACGUCCUGUUUUGAUCCAAAUUUUUGAUUCCCAAGACUUAUUUCUUGGUCUGAAAGCUUUGCAUGUUCAUAAUUCCAAUUUUAAGCACAACAAAGCAAAAAUGGUUCCAGUAAGUGCUGGAUCAUCACACACAUUAAGCAUUUCAACUUUCAAUAAGAAAUUCCCUUCUAUCUCAUUUUUCUUGGUAAGAAUAUAAAUUUAAAUGUUGACAGAUGAACUUCAAGCAACAUUACGGAUGGACACAAAAAUGAUCAAACAUUCCCCAAUUCGCAUCAAUUCAUACAGAUCUUUAACUGUAGUCUCCAAAUAUUGUUGCUACAAUAUUCAGUUGCAAGCUACAACUACAAGCGGGCUACCACAAGACUGAAACGAAGGACAAUUUGGCUGUCAAGUCAAGACCAGCUUUAUGUAAGUGCCAGUUCACCCCACCCACCCUAUCUCCAUAGCCUUGCAAUUUCCUACUUUUCAGAUUCAGCUUUAAACAAGGGUCAUGGACCUGAAACAUUAGUUUUGUUUUCCUUUCCAUAUACUGUUUGACAUGCUGAACACUACCAAUGUUUCUGCUUCCAUUUUUGGUUUUCAGCAAUGGUAGUUAUUUUUAUUUUCCUUCUGAAUACUACAAUUGAAUCUUCCUCCUGUAGCACUUCUAACAUUGCAUACCAGGCAUGACUAUAUCUUUCAUCACAUUAAUUUUGAUUCUUCUGUAAUUAUCUUCAUUCAAUGACACCUGUUUCUUGAUGCUUUUCCGAAAGCAAACAAUUCCCCGCUGUCUAAUCCGGCUAUAAACUUCAUAACUCUCAAUGAACCCUACAAAACAUCCUAUACUCCAAGGCAAACCAUUCCAGCUUUCCCAGUCUAUUCACAUAUCUCACAUCCCACUUUUUAGUAAACCUCUUUAACACCUUCUAAAAAGCAUUAAAGUUUUCCAUAAUGUGUAACACCCAGAACUGGACAUAUUAUUCCAGUUGAGUCCAGUUAUGAUGGGACCAAUGCUUUAUAACAAUUCGCCAUUGCUUCCUUGCUCCUGUACUCUACACCCUUAUGUGUAUAUAUAGUCCAUGAUGUUGCAUUUAAUUUUAACCACUUUCUCAAAUUGCAUUUCCAUUUUCAGCAAAUUAUGUGGAGACUCUCCUGUACCCCUUUUAUAAUUAUGCUGUACAUUGCUCUUCCCAUACUUUCAACCAAAUUUAACAUUUUGUUUCCAAAGAAACAGGUGUCAUCAAACAAAGGUAAUUACAAAAGAAUCAUAAUUAUUGUGAGGAAAUAUUUCCUCAUGGAAGCAUUAAAUUUCAUCUGCCACCGUCUUACUCAUUCCAGCAUGCUGGGCAUAUUUCCAUCAAGUUUAUGGCAAUCCUCUCACAGUUCACAGUGCCGUGAAGUUGAACAUUAUCUGCAAAAAGUAGGAAAUAAGUACAUUACUGGAGAAAAUACUACAAAAAAUGAUCAAAUUAAGCCAAAUAUGAUAUUCAUAGAAUACUAUAUACUUUUUAGAAAUGAUAAAGCUUUUUUAUGUUUUCUAUGAAUUCAAUAAAUUAUCAUUGUUCAUUGCAAAGUUUGACACCAAUAGUAUCAAUUAAUAUAUUGCAUUUGUUCACUUUGUUUUAUAAAUUUGAAGAAUUUAAAGGAAUGUGGUCUUGAAAGUCUGUCAUGUAAUUGACCAUUUUAUGUGUUAUAUGGUGGACUUUUAUUGUUGUACUUGAUACACAUCAAAGUUUGUGAUUUCAGGUCCUCUUUGUAUACAACACACUAACAUUUAGAGAUGCCUGGAUAAAUAGAAUGAUGUCCAAUGUAUGUUAACAAAACUUAUUCAUAUAUGCAUGAACCAUGGACAGAUUGGGCAUCACGUAAAGAAACAGGUAUUCAUUAUGAAUAUGUAUACUACUUAAGCAAGAAUCUGCCUAACCUGGUCUUAGCCCCUGAAGUUGAAUGCCAGAAACCAGUUCCGGGAAGGAGCCUUUAUGUUAAAAGCUAACCUACUGUAGGAGUUCUCCAUCAACCCUAAUCUCAAUCAUAACUUCCCACACCCAUCAUAACUCAAACUGUCUUCGCUACCUGAUCAUGAAUUUCAUGUUACACAAUAUCAUCCCAAUUUAAGAUGCUGAUUUUCCUUCCCGUUUCAGUUGAUAUUCAACCCCAACCACUCCCUCCCCGAUCCAUACUGAUCGUCUGUCUGCUAUGUUCAACUGUAAAUGCUUCUGUAAGUUGGUGGAGCAAGCAGAGGAAAAGCUUUAGUGUACUUUAAACAUGCAAUGCCUAGCCUAUUUUAGCUUGGGCUUCGUACGUAACAGAAUUCCCACUGCCAGUUUCCAGUAAGAAAUGGUGCAUUGGCUUUUCAUGUACUCCAUGUUUUACAUACACUUCACAGCACAGGAGAAUUUCUAGUCCUGUGACCAUUGUUAUGCACUAUUGAAUUUAUAAAUAGAAAGUAAGAACAAAAUCCUGCUGAAAUUAAACAGAUAAUGUAUGCCCAAGCUAAUUAAAAUGCACCUUUCAAUCCUUCAGCAUCAGAAGAAGCUAUUUCAUAGGAAUACUAUAGGUCAGGUGGUGGAGAGAUGGUAGUGUUUGGAUGGGUGAAAGCCGGUUGUAGAUUAUCAGAUUUCUAACAAGGAAAUUUUGGACAACUAUACGA